CGACAUUCUUGUCGUCUUGUCUCAAGCUUUUAGCCAAGAUGUUAUUAAAACAUCCAAGUAUCUUGGAUUUCUUAGUAUUGUAAUAAUGAUGGCAUCUGAUCAUGUAGCACGAGUUCUUGAGUCCUACAACACGCCCAGCAUUAGCAGCUAACAUCCUUAUAAGAACACGCUUCAUCCACCUGUCCCACCAAAUUGAAGAUACUAGUGCACCAAAUUCUAUAAUAGUAUUCCCACCUUUUUCCCCUAAAAAAUUUUUUUUCUUCAAGCAAACAGCACAUUGCUGUAAUAUUAUAUAUAUAUAUACAAGUAUAAGUUACUCAUAAAGGUUUUCACAUGGAGGACGAAGUUGCUGCUCUUGUCAUUGACAACGGUUCCGGUAUGUGCAAAGCCGGAUUCGCUGGUGACGAUGCCCCACGUGCCGUUUUCCCAUCCAUUGUUGGUCGUCCUCGUCAUCAGGGUGUGAUGGUUGGGAUGGGUCAGAAAGAUUCAUAUGUAGGCGACGAAGCCCAAUCUAAGCGUGGUAUCCUUACCCUCAAAUAUCCAAUUGAGCAUGGUAUUGUAACGAAUUGGGAUGACAUGGAAAAAAUCUGGCAUCACACGUUUUAUAAUGAACUUCGUGUUGCGCCUGAGGAACAUCCCGUACUUUUAACUGAAGCACCCCUUAAUCCUAAAUCUAAUCGUGAAAAAAUGACCCAAAUUAUGUUUGAAACUUUUAAUGCGCCUGCUUUUUAUGUUGCAAUUCAAGCUGUACUUUCAUUGUAUGCAUCUGGACGUACUACCGGUAUCGUUCUUGACUCUGGCGAUGGUGUCACCCAUACUGUACCAAUCUACGAAGGUUAUGCCCUUCCUCACGCUAUUCUUCGAUUAGAUUUGGCUGGUCGUGAUUUAACCAAUUACUUGAUGGUUAUUCUCAUGGAGCGUGGUUAUUCAUUCCAAACCACUGCUGAACGUGAAAUUGUUCGUGAUAUAAAAGAAAAACUCUGUUACGUUGCUUUAGAUUUUGAACAAGAAAUGCAAACUGCUGCUCAGUCGUCAGCUUUGGAAAAAUCAUAUGAAUUACCUGACGGACAAGUCAUUACCAUUGGCAACGAACGUUUCCGUGCUCCUGAAGCUCUUUUCCAACCUUCGUUCUUGGGUCUCGAGGCGGCAGGAAUACAUGAGACCACAUACAACUCUAUUAUGAAAUGUGAUGUUGAUAUUCGUAAAGAUCUUUAUGGCAACAUUGUCCUUUCUGGAGGUACUACUAUGUAUGCUGGUAUUGCUGAUCGUAUGCAGAAGGAAAUUACAGCGUUGGCACCUUCCAGCAUGAAAAUUAAGAUCGUCGCUCCUCCAGAGCGUAAAUAUUCUGUCUGGAUCGGAGGAUCCAUCUUGGCUUCGCUUUCCACCUUCCAACAAAUGUGGAUCAGUAAACAAGAAUACGAUGAAUCUGGUCCCUCGAUUGUUCACCGAAAGUGUUUCUAGAUAAAUUAUUAACUUAUAUAUAUAUAUAUUUUUUUUAUGUUUUUUUUUGUAACAAUAAUUGAAAUGAAUGAAUGAUUCAAUUUGAAAUUUCUCAUAAAUAAAGAUUUCAAUUUAAAUGGUUUUGUAACAUAAUAAUAAAACCAGAACAUU